GGUUUAAACAUCAUACAAACAAACCUUGGUGGAAUUUUACAUUUCGGCGUGUUUUCCAAGAAAUCUGUGAUCACCAAAGGUACAAGAUAUGGUCCAUUUAAAGGAAAAGUCGUCAAUACCAGCGAAAUUAAAACCUUUGAUGACAAUACUCAUAUGUGGGAGAUAUUUAAAGAAGGUAAAUUAAGCCAUUUUAUUGAUGGACGAGGUACAAACGGAAGUUGGAUGUCGUAUUUAAACUGUGCUCGCCAUAUUGCUGAACAGAAUAUGGUCGUUUUACAAGAAGGUGAUGAAGUGUAUUACUACGCUACACGUGAUAUCAGCCCAGGAACCGAACUACUUGUGUGGUAUGGUCAGGACUAUAUGCAUUUUAUGGGCAUUCCUUUAACAUUACCCAAUAAAGAUUCUGUGGAGAAAGUCGCUGCACCAGCAGAAAGUAAUGAAGGCUACCAAUGUGAACGAUGUGGUAAAGUAUUUGCCUAUCAAUAUUAUAGAGACAAACAUUUGAAAUAUACUAAAUGUGUAGAUCAAGGCGACAGGAAGUUCCCCUGCCAUUUAUGUUCAAGAUCGUUCGAGAAAAGAGACAGACUCCGAAUCCAUGUUUUACACGUUCACGAGCGACAUCGACCACAUAAAUGUGCUGUUUGUGCUAAAAGUUUCAGUCAGUCAUCUAGUCUGAAUAAACAUAUGAGAGUACAUAGUGGUGAAAGACCUUAUAAAUGUGUGUAUUGUAGUAAAUCAUUUACUGCCUCGAGUAUCUUGAGAACACAUAUCAGACAACAUUCUGGGGAGAGGCCAUUUAAAUGUAAAUUUUGUGGUAAGGCGUUUGCUUCUCACGCAGCUCAUGAUAGUCAUGUACGAAGAACCCAUUCACGUGACAAGGGGCACACGUGUACAUUGUGUAAUCAAGAAUUCGUGUGUCAGAUAGAUCUAAAAAUUCAUCAGAGAACGCACAGUAGUACUGGUAAGUUUUUACAACGUUUCAACAAUUUACACUGUUCCUUGAAAGAAUAUUUAGGUGUUGGGAACACAUACAAAAAUGCAUAUAUGUAG